UGUACCAAUGAUGUUCUCUUUAAUUACAUUAUUGCAUAGCCAACCUACUAGCUUUCCAUUCAUGUAGUCAGCACUUCAUGUAGUCAGCACAAAAUUUGAAAUAGGCCUAUUAUUUUUGCCUGACGAUUCAACCUGAAUUGCAUUCAGUUGCUCAGGUGGCAGAGCAAUGUGGAUGGAUAGCCAGGCAACUAUUAUUGGAUCAUAACAGAGACACAAAGGUGAAUGGCAGCAUUACUUAUGCCACCUAGUGGAUCAGAUGGAGUAAUGAUCCAAAACAAGGAGUCUAUGGAGUAUGAGAAUGAUAACCACACCAUUCAUUUACCAUCAAUAACUGAGCACAAGACAGUAUAUUAUUUUGUACUAGGAAGGUCUACAAUAUGCUUGAUUAUCCAUAUAGGCCUAGCUAUGAUUAUUUAGAUCAAACAUGUCAUACAACCUACACACACCGGCGCUUUUAUCAGGUACACCAUCCCAUUCACGAAAAUGGUUUGCUCCUACAGUGAGUCAUGUGGCCAUGGCUCUAUAAAGCAGGCAGACAGGCAUCGAGGCAUUCAGUUACUAUUCGAGUGACCUAAGUGACAUUGAGCGUGGUAUGAUCGUCAGUGUCAGGCGCCGGAUCCAGUAUCUCAGAAAUGGCAGCCCUCCUGGCCUUUCACACACGACAGUGUCGAGGGUUUACUGAGAAUGGUUUGACAAACAAAAAACAUCCAGUCAACGGCAGUCCUGUGGGCGAAAACAGCUCGUUGAUGAGGUCGAAGGAGAAUGGCAAGAAUGGUGCAAGCUAACAGGUGGGCCAACAACAGACAAAUGACGGCGCAGUACAACAAUGAUGUGCAGAACGGCAUCUUGGAACGCACAACUCAUCGAUCCUUGUCCUGAAUGGGCUAUUGCAGCAGACGACUAGAAGAAGCAGCUACAGCGGGAACACGAUCAACAACACUGGAAGUGGAAAAACAUUGCCUAGUCUGUCGAAUCUCGGUUCCUGUUGUGUCCUGCUGAUGGCAGUCAGGAUUUGGCGUAAGCAGCAUGAGUCCAUGGACCCCUCCUGCCUGGUACAGGCUGGUGGCGGUGGUGUCCUGGUGAAGGGAAUCUUAAUUGGACCUAUAUUGUCACAGCAAAAUAAUCCUGCUGUAACAGGAUUUGAACGUUUAGUCCAUAAUGUUACUUGAUCGGUGGUUAGGCUAUUAGCUGGCCAAAAGUAGGCUACAUGAAAAAUGCAAUACUGUUAUAACCAUGUGUUAGCAUGGGUUUUCAGUGAAUUUAUGUCAAUCACAAAGCUCAUCUGCAUUUCAAGAAAAUUCUCAGCAACAAAAGAAUGAUCAAAUAAACAUUCCUGUAGAAUUAUGAAAUUAAAAUUCCCUACAUAUUAUAUUGUAACCUAUAGCCUACCGUAGGUUAUGUGCUUAUUGUCGUAUGUUUAAAUACGAUGUAAUGAAAAAUAUGGCUAUUUGAGGAAGCAUCACAUUAUGAUAGGCAUCCCAAGAGCCCUUUAAAUACACUGUAGCCCAUUGUGACACAAUGUGACGUUACAUAAUAAAAAAGAACAUGAUGUGACAUCAUGGGAAUAUUCCAUUCACAGAGAGUAAAGGACUGAAAAAUCAUAAUACAACAACAAAAAACAUCCUGUGGUUCGAUCAGAAGGGAAACCCUUCAGGUAAUGUAAAGGAACUUAAAAACAUCCUGUGGUUCGAUCAGAAGGGAAACCCUUCAGGUAAUGUAAAGGAACUUCAAAACAUCCUGUGGUUCGAUCAGAAGGGAAACCCUUCAGGUAAUGUAAAGGAACUUAAAAACAAAUCUAACAUUGAUGUACAAUACUGUUGUAAUUUGUUAUGGAAUAUUACAUAGCCCAAUAAUAAGAAUAAUACAGAAGAAAACAUAGGAUUGACCAUAAUAUCCUUUUGCACUGUUUAGGCGUGGUUGAUUUCCGUCUAAUACGAUUUAUGAAUAUUAAAGCAUGUUUCCGAACAGAGUGUAGUAGCCUGGAGGUGGGCGUGUACGGUCUCGGCAAACCGAAACAGAGGGUGGAGUCGCCAGUCCAGGGUUGUACCAACUUCAAUAGCAAAUUUGGAGCAGGCAAUACACAGCUAAAAUUAGACGGUUAUUCCUCUGGGAAUAAGACCUAACUAAAGUUCCAGCUAAGGUCUUCUAAACAAGGAGGACUACCCUGUACGAGCCACAAAUGUUGGUAUUAUAGAGACUAGCACAUGCUCCUCAGUGCUCCAUUGCCGUCAUGCUGUACAACACGUUCUGAAACUCAGGAUAAGUGGCAGUUCUGUUCGUAACGCUGGGUUAAAGCUGUACAAACCCAUACCACUUGAUUCUAUUGGAUUCUAUCCUCUGACCGGUGCUGUUUACAGUCGACUCGAAGGGUGAAUAACCGAGAAAAUGUCUUUUUUAACCAUACCAUCCCAGGAGGGUCUUUUCACCAAGGUGAAGAAAGAGGGGUCAUCCGGAGAAGGACGGUGUUAUGACGAAGGCCAGUGUAAUUCGGAUGAAGAAUACGAAGACAGCGAGGAGACAAACGUGCGUCUCAUCCCCAGGUGCUCUCCUAUCCCAAGGAAACGCGGACGGUCCAUCUAUGAUGAGACCGCAGAGUAUCUGAAAAUCAAAGAUGCAAUUCCCAGCAGGAGAGUGUCGUUUGCCGAUACAACAGGUAGAGACCUAACCAAUGUUAAGGAAUUCGUCCAAUUUGAUUCGGAUGAUGAGGAUGAUGCCAGGUGGGAAGAAGAGGAGGCAAAAUACCGACCGAAAAUCCGUGAACCGACCUACCGCAUAAACCCGGAGUGGACCAUUCCCACUGCGGCUGCCCUGACGAAAGCAGUGCACAUUAAUAAAGUAGAGGUGGAGAGUGUGUCACCUAUUGAAGACGAGCCCUUGGCAUUUAUCGUGUUUAUCCGAGUGCUUAAUAUUUCAUUUAACAAAACUGUGUGCAUUCGAUCAACUAUGGACAGCUGGAGCACCUACUUUGAUUGUCCAGCAGAUUAUGUCCAGGGCGACGGUGAGACUGAUAAAUUUUCCUUCAAGCUCUCCUUCUGCCCACCGUAUCUUCACCAUGGGGCUCGCAUUGAGUUUGUUGUCCGUUACGAAACUCCAGAUGGCGAUUACUGGGCGAACAACUCGCAAUUGAAUUACGCGGUAACUCUUCUCGUGUCCUACGAAGACGAUGUAGCACAAGCUAGCCCUUUUGAUAUGCCAGACCUUACAAGUAUCCUGAAAACUGAAAGCAGUUACAGUAUGGAGGAUUCGGACUACUUUGCACAGUUCCCAGAGAAGGGUGAAGAUGAACCGGUGACUAAGCCAGUGCCAGACAUGUUGAAGCCCAGUCCUCAGUGUCCAGUCAUUCUUCAACCAGAGCUUGACAUAGAGCUCAUUGAAGCUUCAGCCACAAUUUAGACUGCCGAUGACAUACCCAGUUCUCCUCUCCCAGCCAACCUAGACCUUCCAUUAGCAGAUGGAACACUGUCCAGUGCCACUGUAUCCCUGGGUAAACAAUCACCUCAUGUGUUUUCCACAUCCACAACACAAGCCAAUGAAGUACUAUCCAAACCUGUAGCAUCUGAAGCCAACCAACUGACAACUGAACCAGAGCCUUCACAGGAACUGGACUGUGAAUUACUAAAACUGGAUUGUGAAAUACCCAAACUGGACUCUGAAUUAGAAGAACAUGUUCCACCACCACUCCACAUCAGCAUUGCUGAAGCAUCAGAUGGCAAGAAGGAGGAAAAGGGAGGAACCUUCCAGGUGGAGCCCAAAGAUAGUAGUCACCCCACACCUAUGCAUGUUCCUCCACCUCUCCCCAGCAAUAUGGAUGAAGUCUUAGAUGGUGAGAAAGAGAAGGAGGAGGAUAGUAGUCCCUCUACACACCUGUACAUUCUAACACCACCUCAUGUCAGCAUUGCUGAAGCAUCAGAUGACAAGAAUGAGGAAAAGGGAGGAGGAACAUCCCAGGAAGAGCCCAAAGAUAGUAGUUCUUCCACACCUCGGAGCUCGUCUCCUACACCUCUCCACAGCAGCAUGACUGAAGCCUCAGAUGUUGAUGAGGAGGAAAAAGAGGAGGAGGAGGGAGGAGCCUUCACUCUGGAACACACAGAACCACACUCCGAACUUGACCCACCUCACACGGAGAUCCAAGCCAACAUGUCUUCUUCACUGGAAGAUGUUUUAUAUCAGAGUGUGCUUUCUGCAACACCAAAUGUAGUGGUGGGGAAGUUGGUGGAGGAGGAGGAGAAUGUUGAGGAGGUGGAGAUUGAGGUGCUCGAGCAUGGGUCAAAGGUGGAGGAGGAGGAUCCAAGGCAGGAAGCAGAGAAAGAUGCCGAGGAGGAAAACGAGAAGUCCUUCAGAAUUCAGGAGACAAGCACCAGCUCCUCAAGUCGCCUAGAACAUCCCUCAGAUUCCAACCACUGUAAGCUCAGCAGAGCUGAAGAGGGUAGCAAAUCCCAGAUAAAGGUUUUCUCUGAGGCCUCCCCAUCUCUCCCUGAAGAGUCUGAUGAUAAGCAGCUGACAUCAAUGGAUGACGGCAUGGCCAGAGAAGAUGGAGUCCUGAUGCUAGAGGCUGUUGGGCCCAAGCUAGAGAGCUUCCAGGCAGGUGGCGAAGUAGGUGUAGUUGUAGAUGUAGUAGCCAUCUGUCCGUGGCACCCUCCCAUGGUGACCGUGACACACCUUGGGCCCACAGGAGAGGAUAGAAUGACCCAGAGUCUGGCCAGCCACACUGCUGAGCUGCCCAAUGACAUCUCACAUUCAUCCCACCCUGUGUCUCACCAGCGCUUCAAGCGAGGGGUGGCAGCCGGCCUGAGCGAGCUGGCAGCUGUGCUCUCUGAGGACUCAGGCAACUCUAAGCAGCAGGAUGAUAUCACUGCUAGGGAACACACCACUCCUGGGUUGGAGAGCCAGACACCUCUGGGAGUUCAGCGCAAAACCGUAUCAUUUGCAGUCACAGAGAACAUCUCAGAGUCAUCCAUGACCAUGACCCAAGAUGGUACUAGCAGUUCAAAUGAGGAAGACGCUACUUCGGCUGACGAAGAGGAGGAGACUUUCCAGGUUUCCUCAGAAACAGGUCUAUCAAGCAGAUCAUCAGAGGCUCAGAUCACCAAGCCCCUAAGCCCCCAGGCUGAACCGACCCUGGACAGGACACUGAUCCCAUCCAUCAUAUUCCUGAGUGUGGCCAUUGGUCUCGUCGUCGGGCUUCAUGAACCCAGCACCUUCCUCUUCAUGGGACUAUUCCUUGUCUCCCUCUGUUUCUGAGGUGUUUUGAGGGGUUCCUACUUUAAAAACGUGUGAAGUGACUUAAUCCCUUUUUAAGUGCCUUUUCAUGUUACCAAACAAUGUUGUAUUAUGUGCACAAUUGGUUCCUGGUGUUUUAUUUUAAAUGUGUGCCUGUGGAAGUGUGUAUAUUUUUGUUUGUUUUCACAAAAAAGAAGGGAUCUUGUUCGUUAAAAGUAGCGAGAAGUUAAUUGGAUUUCCAGUGUUCCAUGCCAAGAGUUAGUCAAAAAACUGUUUGAGUUCGUUAAAACAUAGCCAUGCAAAACUAAGGCCUAAUUUUGUUCUUAAAGGGUUUGAGUAUGAUUUUGUGUAUAAAACAUGGAAAUCCAAAGAAUUGUUGAGAAGUGUGACUGUCGGCUGUUUGGAAUCGGAAUGUAUGUAUGUUCUAGAUUGGGCUGGGAGACUGAAACUGGUGAAGCAGUAGAUUGUAAGGUAAACACAGGUUCCUUGGGUAAGGACAGUAGCUACAAGAUAAAGUAUGUUCAUAUGCAAAAUGUUGUCAUUUGUGCUCUGAGAAUUGCCAGUCCUCACAUUUUAGAAUAGUGGUGUGCUGUGGUAAUCCUUUUACAGUAGUAUACUGUUGCUGCUAUCAGAUGGUAGUUCAUGCAAGUUAAAGCCUACACAGUUUCACAAUUUAUCUAGCCACAAAUCUAGAUAGACAGAAAUUAGACUGAGUUUUAACAACUCUUCACUGUGAUGAUACCUGAAAGGAUGUUUGAAGUGAUUUAUGUGUUUGCGGUGUGUGUAUGUCUGGGUAUGGUGCGUUAUGGUUCCCAUAAAAUCAGAUGAAUAAACUAUGUGCUGGUCUUUA